AUACCAAAUAUCUUAUCACAAAAUUCAAGAUUAAUUAUUUUACCACUUUGUUUUACUGCUAUUUUAUCGUACGUUUAAUUUUUUUGACGGAUGACCAAUGAACAAUAAUUGUUCUGUCGCAAUUAUUGUUUGUCGUCGUCUAUUGUUUCUUAUUGUGGUUUUUAAAAUUUAACUAUCUAUACUCGCAUGUAUAUUUCCAUAACUACUUGAAAUCGUAAUUUUUAAUCCGAUUUACAUAUAAAGCUCGUUGUAAAACAAAGUUAUGACGAUUUUAUCAAAGAAAAAAUCUCAAACUAUUACUGAAGAAGGCGAACCAUCUUCCAGUACCCAUGGUCAUUCAUUACCCUUGUCAAAUAUCCAAGCUCAUCCACAGAUUAACAAUUUAGAAGAACGAAUCAGUUCUCCACAAAGAUGGCCAGUAGAAAACAUUGAAAGCGGUUUAAGUUCUAAUAAGCCAACUAAACGUCGGAUACACCGAAGUCCUCACAGAAAUACAAGAAGCAACAAUAAAGGACGAGAAAGAGAAAAUAAAUCUUCUCCAACUUUAGGAAAUUGUCAAUGUGGUACUUCUGAUGCUAGUGGUCAUUGUGAUGUUAAUAUUUGUGGAUAUAACAGUGAAGAUGAAUAUGGAGAAAUUCCAAAGAAGUGUAAUGACUUAGAUUGGGUAGAGCAAGAUCGUUUGUUUGAAAAAAAAAUGAAGAAACGUGGUUUAGUUUUAAAGCAAAUGAAAGAAGAUGGGGCUUGUUUAUUUAGAGCUGUUUCUGAUCAGCUGUUUGGAGAUCAAGAUAUGCAUGACAUUGUACGAAAACAGUGCAUGGAUUAUGUUUCAAGUAAUCGUGAUUAUUAUACACAGUACGUUACAGAAGAUUUUAACACUUACAUUGCUCGAAAAAGAUUAGAUUGUACUCAUGGUAACCAUGUUGAAAUACAUGCUAUGUCAGAAUUGUAUAAUCGUCCGAUUGAGGUCUACUGCUAUGGAAUUGAGCCUAUUAAUAUAUUUCAUGGAACAAAUACUUCAGAACAAUCAAAUCCACCUAUAAGAUUGUCUUAUCAAAGAGGUAGCCAUUAUAAUAGCAUUGUUGAUCCUUAUAAAGCAACAAUUGGUGUAGGAUUAGGCUUACCAAAUUUUUCACCUGGAUCUGCUGAUAAAAAAUUGUUGACUGAUGCAGUACGUCAAAGUGAAGACUACAUGUUAGAACAGACCAUGUUAGAAGACAAACUUAGAGCAACAGAUUGGGAAGCUACUAAUGAUACAAUUGAAGAACAAAUUGCACGAGAAAGUUAUUUACAAUGGUUAAAAGAUAAUGAAAAAAGAAACAAAAAUGAUAAAGAGACUUCAGCUACAUCAACUGCAACAUCUGCAUCUUUAGUAGAACCUUACCAAUCUCGUACAUCACCACCAAGAUUUGCACCAAAAACUCCUCCUAUUUCAUCACCUCAAAGAGAUCAUGCGUCAACCACUGAAAAUGCAUCUUUUAUGAAUCUACCUCCACAUCUCUUUGGCAUGUCACAAUGGGAAGAUAUUGGAAUUUUAACUCAAGUAUUAGCUACUUCUCAACAAGAAUAUCUUGACAGUUUAAAAAGACAACACGAUGAACACAAAGAAGAUGGUGAAAAAUACACUAAUAUAUGUGAUGUAAACAAACCAUCCACCUCACAUUAAGAAUGAAAAUUAAUCUUAGUGUAGUAAUUUAUUAAUUUAAUUAACACUUGUUAAAAUAUUAAUAAUUUAAGACAUACCCUUAUCUUGUAUUAAAUAUUUAUUUUAAAUAAUAAGAUUUUAUUUACCUAAUCUCAUUCAUUAUAUAUAUUAUUAUUAUUAUUCUAUUUAUUAAUAAUAAUGCCCCCAAAAAAUUAUACUUACUGUCACUAAUUUAUAAAGUCUUUAUACAAUAUUUGGUCAUUAUCAUACAAUUUUUAACGAGUUGAACACCAUGUGGGGCCAACAAACCUUUUAUGGCGUUAUAAACAAAAGCACAUUUUAUAUCUUAACCUUCAACCUGUUAAAUAUUUAUCACGUUUUAUUCUAGAAAAAUUUUAAUACGGUGAAUUAACUAGUAACUUAGAAAAAAAUUAAUUUGGUAUACAUCAAAUAUUAAUAAGAAUUCUAAAACUGUUCUCAAUGGAUUUUAAAUUUAUUGUCAUCACAUAUGGAAUAAAUCGAAGAGCCUUAUUAAAAAAUAAAAAGUAAACUUAUGAGUUAUGCAGUAAAUGUAUAUAGUAUAAGUUGAUUAGAUUAAUGAUAUUGAAUGUAAUCAGUAUUUCUAUUUAAAAAUAAUUUGGCGUAGUUAAAAUUUCUGAAAAUAUUUAUGUUAAUUAUUUCUUUAAAUAUAAUAAUUACUGUUUGAAAUCAAUUUUGUAAUAUAUUUUAAAUCAACUAUAAUUUUGUUAAUUCUAAAUAAAAUGUUUGUGUAAUAGCUUUGUAUUUUAUUAGUUUGUUUUUUUAGUUAUUUAACUAGGAUAAUUCUUUCUUAAUAUAUCAGUAUCAAUAGAUUUAUAUGAAUAAUUAUUAUUAAAGUACAUAAUCUUGUUUAAUUAGAUAAGACUCAAAUUUAAGUAGGCAACAAUUUUUUUCAUUUGUUCUAAAGCCUCAAGUGAUGAAAUCUGUAUAUAUAUUUUACUUAUGUUUACAUUGGUAAUAGAGUAAAAAGUAUAUUCCUUUACAGAAAUACCAAAUUUUUUUUAUCAUGCUUUUAAUAUUUCUUAUUGUACUAUUUUUAUUUGUUCAAAAUUAAUAUUUUGCUAUAAUUGACAUGAAAAGUAUUUUAAAUCUCUUAUUCUGAAUGACAUGUUACCUUUAUUAAAUAAAAAAAUAUUUUUAUUUACUUACUAUUUUGGUAAUUUCUUAGUUUCAUAAUUUGAAAUGAUAAUAUUUUUUCAUUUAAUUAUAUAUAAAUAAAAAUUAAUUGAAGGAAAUUUUAUUUUUUAAAUUUUAUUAGUGCCAUUAACAAUGAGGUAAUAAUUGAUUCAAUUGGCAGUCUAUUUUUAGAAUGUAAUUCAUUCGAAAUUAUACUACUUAAAAAUUUGCUAUACAGAGUAUCCUACCAUUAUUAGUUUAGUUUUUUAACUCUCAGCAUUGCAUCGAAGCUAAAAAAAUUUAAAUAAUUCAUUUUUAUUUUUUUAUUAAAAAUAAAUAAUAUUUGUUUUUAACAUAAUUUAAAAAAAAAGUUAACACAAAAUAUUUGCUGGAUAUUUAUUAGUUAUUUAAGAUGGUAUUCAUCUAAAUUAAAUAUAAUUAAAAUUAUAUUUAAAAUAUUAUUAAUUUAAAAACCAU